CGUUAAACAUGGCUGUUACUAUCAUGGGAAAGGCCUUUCGUGCCAAGGAACUGGUUACUGUUGGCUUGAAGUCUAAGUUCUACGGACUUGCGAAGGAUGAUGUUCAAAGAAUCUGUGCCAAACUGGGAUUGUAUCCAAUGAUGCGUAUGCACCAAUUAUCAGAACAACAGAUCUUGGGUAUAACCAAGGAGCUCUCGGAGCUCACGAUAGAAGGUGAUGCAAGAGCAGUCAUUCGUCAAAAUAUUGCUCUUAAGAGAGCCAUUGGGUCUUACUCAGGUAUUAGACAUGCCAUGGGUCUUCCAGUUCGUGGUCAAAAGACAAGAACAAACGCAAAGACUGCUAGAAAACUUAAUAGAAUCGAGAGAAGAGGAUACUCCACAUAUGCUGGUGCUAGCAUUCAGCAGGAGACAGGUGUUUUUGGCGCGUUCAAAAACUUCCUCAAGCCCUUCUUUUAGAUCAAGAGAAGAAGGAUCACAUUUAUUAAGCGCACAACAUUUCCGGUACAUAGGUUUAUCUGUCUUAUUCAUGACGGGUUGAUGUAAAUAUAUUAUAUUGUAUGUCACAGACUAUAGUCCUCUCUAAAUGGUUCCCACUCCAGUUCUGUUAAGUGUCUCAUUGUUGGCCUACCGUGGGGACAGUUCCAGGGUUUAUCCAAAUCUCCAAGGUUAGAGACAACCUGAGACAUCUGCCUAUGAGAUAGGUGUUUUCCAAUCAUUAUUGAUUUUCGGCAG